GCUAUGUUUUUUGAAUGCGUGGGGAAUGUAUAAAUUGAUUCAUAAGAAAAGAAGCAGCUGAUUCAAAUUUAAGAAUGGUAAUACUAUCUUCUGAUACGGCUGGCUAUAUUCCUUGGAAAUAUUAUUUCAGCAUGUGAGGAGAUACCCUCGAUGGAACAGUCAGAAUAUCAGCUUAGCUUUGGCAGUAACAGAAUAAGGUCUAGCAACUUAUGACGGACAUGGCUUUAACAUCUGACAGCUAGAUUCAUUGUUGGUUUAACAGCCAAUCACCACUUUUGACGACACAAGCUAAUGAAGGGUUGGGAAUAUAAAAAGCCCUCUUGGAAUAUACAAGAUUCACCAGAGUGGUGACUUGUCUCAGGUUGCAUUUGCCUUCAGCAAUUCAGAGUACGGAAAGAUUAGAAAAAGAACUAAAGAAGGGGAGGGGGAAAAAAAGAAGGAACAGGAGUUCAGUGAAUGUGGGACAAUGCAAAAGUUUAAAAGUUAUAUUUAUAUUUAUCUUCUCAUGCUAAUCAUACCUGGUCCAGUGGAUCCAAAUGAAAGUAACCAGGCAAAUGAGAAUAUAGAAAAAGAUGGGCCAUGCAAUGCAUGCACAUGGAGGCAAAGUACAAAAUCUUCAAGAAUAGAAGCUAUAAAAAUUCAGAUCCUCAGUAAACUGCGUCUGGAACAGGCACCGAACAUUAGCCGGGAUGCUAUACGGCAACUUUUACCAAGAGCUCCGCCAGUACAAGAACUGAUCGAUCAAUACGACGUCCAAAGAGACGACAGUAGUGACGGAUCUUUGGAAGAUGAUGAUUAUCAUGCAACAACUGAAACUAUUAUUACAAUGCCAACUGAAGCUGAUUUUCCGAUGCCAGUGGAAGGAAAACCCAAAUGUUGUUUUUUUAAGUUUAGCUCUAAAAUACAGUAUAAUAAAGUAGUGAAGGCCCAGUUGUGGAUCUACUUAAGACCAGUUCAGAGGCCUACCACAGUAUUUGUGCAGAUCCUGAGACUCAUCAGACCCAUGAAAGAUGGUGCAACUUCGACUGCAAUUCGAUCUUUGAAACUUGACAUGAACCCAGGCACCGGCAUUUGGCAGAGCAUUGAUGUGAAGUCUGUUAUGCAAAAUUGGCUCAAACAACCUGAAUCCAAUUUGGGCAUUGAGAUUAAAGCUCUGAAUGAGAAUGGAAGAGAUCUUGCAGUAACUUAUCCAGGACCAGGGGAAGAUGGAUUGAAUCCAUUUUUAGAGGUGAGGAUUACAGACACACCGAAAAGAUCUCGUAGAGAUUUUGGUCUUGACUGUGAUGAACACUCAACAGAAUCUCGAUGUUGUCGGUACCCCCUGACUGUGGAUUUUGAAGCAUUUGGAUGGGACUGGAUCAUUGCACCCAAACGGUACAAAGCCAACUACUGCUCCGGAGAAUGUGAAUUUGUGUUUCUACAAAAAUAUCCACACACUCAUCUGGUCCAUCAAGCAAAUCCAAGAGGUUCAGCGGGCCCUUGCUGCACACCCACUAAGAUGUCCCCCAUAAAUAUGCUGUACUUCAAUGGAAAAGAACAAAUCAUGUACGGAAAGAUACCAGCCAUGGUAGUAGAUCGUUGUGGGUGCUCAUGAGUCCUUCAUUAGGUUUUCUACUUCAUAAAUACGGAAUCUACAAAAAAAAAUUUCCUUGAGCAAUUUUUGAAACUGUGAAUUUUUUGAACAAUAGGCCUACCUCUAUUAGGCUGCACUCUAGGCUAUUGUAAAGAUUUCUUACCAGGCAAACUACAGUAUGUGGACUGAAGGACAUUUUAACCAGUGAAAAGAUAAGCUACAAUCAAACUUACAGGAUUUCACAAUGAAUUUCUCAUUCUGGAAAGGGAUCUCUUUUCAUUUAUGCAAACCACAUAAUCAUAUAAAGGUAUCAGAAAUAGAGCGACCUUCUUAUAUUCCAGAGAAUGAAAACGAGUAGAUUAGUGAACGUAGUCUGAACAGUUUAAUUUACUAUUUCAUUUACACUAGAGGAUAUACUGGUGAUAUAUAGAGUGAAGAGAGUACCAAUGAAUUUCCUCAAACACUUGAAUUGAGUUUAGAGUAUGAAAACUGAUAAGAUGAAAUUCCACAAAACAGAAGUCCACAAAUUAGAUUAGAUAUGUUAUGUUUCCAUUCCUUUUAUAAUUAGUAUGUUCAUUACUUUCUACCAGUGGUGCUAUCACAAUAGUUCAAACGCAAGAUUGGCCGCUGGAGCACAGAAAUAUAGAAUAUGAUUUAUUAGCCAUUAGAUUACCAGAUUGACCAGGUUCCAAAGGAUAAUUAUUACCAACGAAGCAACUCCAUUGGGUAAAAUGAGAGGAAACACUCUUGCUUCAUUCUGCAGUCCCUAUAGUCAGGGAUGGGCAACUAUGGAAAACUUUUUUUCGGGUUCAGGAGCAACUUCAGAAACUGCAAGUCGCUUCUGGUAUGAGAGAAAUGGCCGUCUGCAAGGACGUUGCCAAGGGGACUCCCCAAUGUUUGAUGUUUUACAUCCUGUGGGAGGAUUCCCUCAUGUCCCUGCAUGGAAGGCUGAGGGGCCACAAUAGCUUUCCAGGAGAACCUAAGACCAUUGUAUCUUCUAAACCUUUCUCAAUGCCCCCCAAAGGUUUCCCCCUAAAAGUCUGGACUUAAAAGGGGAUUAAAAACAUAGGGGAAAUGCCCCCAUAAAACCAAAAGAGCAUUGGGUGCAAUUGGGAAGCACAAAAAAGUUCUGAUGGCCUCAUGUAAUUCACAGCCUGUGUUUUGCCAAGUUCCAUCCUUUGUACUCUAAAAACAUGCUCCGUGGGACAAAGGCACCUAAAUCUGUGGCUAGUCCAAAGCACUACUGCUUUGGACUGUCCUAGAUUCUGGUGCAGUGUUUACACCUCUUUAUUCCUAACUGUGCCAGCCGGUUGGUUGGUCACUCUAACCCUUUGCCUCAGACAGAGCUCAUCAUAUGAUGCAGGGCUACUUUUUGCCACUAUAGUGGUGGCCACAGACCUCUGGAACCUCCUGUCUAUCACCAGGCACCCUUGCCAGUAUUAUCAAACAUGCCUGCGCAAUGCACAUCUUGGAGAAAGGAGCUUGUAAAGAAGGGGCGAUCUCCUUCUCCUUCCCAUGUCAUGUGAGAACCUUUACUAUGGACCUCAUCAGAUGGGAUUUUUCCCCGUCCUAGGAUGCUGUGGAGCCGAAGCCGGGACAGAGCCCGACAGAGCUCAUCAUAUGAUGCAGGGCUACUUGCGGUGGGGCUCCAUCCCAUCUUUGUCUCCGCAGUGUUGUCUGAGGAAGCCCUGAGGAUACGGGUGACCAGGACCAUAGCCAGAAAAAUAGUUCGGGGGGGGGGGGGGGCAGUUUGAAACUUUUUUUAGCGAAUCUUGAAGAGUAGUUCCAUAAUGCAAAAUAAUUUAGAAAUCAGGCUCCAUUGAUAACCUUCAGUGGACACUUAAGACAGAUAAAGUUCAGUGGACACCCAUGGGGAUUUGGUUAAUCAGUUAAAAUUCCUAAGUAAACCAGGUUUUUUUUUUAAACGUAAAAAAAAUGGGUGGGGGGGGGGGGUUGAGCCCCUAAACUCCCUCCCCCCCCCCCUUGGCUACAGCCCUGCGGGUGACUACCCAUAUCCUCAUUUAAUAAGCUGGGGACAGUGUGAAAGGAAGUUGGGAGCAGCCGGGUAAACACAGUGGGACGGUGAGGGUAUGAAGCUGGGUGCUGCCCCACCGUUUCUCCCGCUGUCCCCUGGAAAAUUGGAUGUCAGUACUGACCCAUGUGACCAGUGAGACUGGUUCCAAACCAGAACUGGCACAGUUGUUCAUUGCCCAUCCCUCCCAUCCUGCUGAUGCAUGUGGCUGCUUUGGAGUUUGGGGAAGCUUCUGAGCAUUCCUCAACUUCUGCUGACAUAGGAUAAAAUGGAGUUAUCCAGUUUUACCCUGUGUUAGAGGUCAGAAGUUCCUGGGCAUCAUCUGGAUGCCUAGAGGCAACUUCUGGAACAAUUCAAGUUUUGUGGCCCAUGCAGAUAGGCUCUAAGAAAAACAAUGGAACAGGUAUUUAGAGAUCUGCAGGGUAUAGGAGAAGAAGGUUUGGGUGUUAGUGGUAGCAUAAUGUUGGAUUUAGGACAGUGGUUCUCAACCUGGGGUCCCCAGAUGUUUUUGGCCUUCAACUCCCAGAAGUCCUAACAGCUGGUAAACUGGCUGGGAUUUCUGAGAGUUGUAGGCCAAAACACCUGGGGACCCACAGGUUGAGAACCACUGAAUUGGGGCCUGCAGACAACCAUAGGAUUGGAGUGAUAUUUUUAUUAUACAUUUUCUAAAAAAAUAUUAAGCACAAGAAUUUAUGUCUCUUUCUUCAAGUAUAGUUUAUUAAUCAGAAAAGGAAUGGGAUUUAAAAAAUUAAUGAUGCUUUUUGUGCUUUAGCGUACAUCGCUAUUACAGGGAAUUAUGAAAGGAAAAUGUUUCCUUUUGAUAAAAAUAAUUAUAGCCCACAUUACAAAAUUACAGUUUGCACUAUGAUAAACCAAUGGACAGAAUUAAUAAGUACAGUAUUGUAAAAAUAAAACAUUGAUAUAUUACUAAGUUUGUAUAAUAUAUAUGCACACAUGCAUACACACUAUUAUAAUGUAAAUAAAUGUUUGUUUUUUUAUUUACUAUUAAUAUAUCAUGAAUCUUUUGGGUUAACUUGCUCUAUCAUGUAUGAUUACAAUUCUAAUAAUGAGACACAUUAAGGUUUUCUUCUUGUGUACCAAGUACACUCUGUUCUAGGACCGUUCCCACAUUUCUGAGAUCAGUGUGUACACACGAUGUUCUCCUCACCACUUAACUGCUCCACUAACCUUUUGUACACUUAUUGUUUGCAUGGGUUCUGCUUCUUGACUUGUAAUAAAUGAGAAACGCUUCAUGUAAUCAUUCUAUGUGCAUAUGGAUUAGUGGACCAGAGCAAUUUUGGAUACCAUUACUGCAAUGUAAACGUAUAUACAUUUUCAUGUUCUCCUCUUUUUUUUUUUUUUAGAUUACUCAGUUGCACAAGGAGAUAAACAGGGGACAUUAUGGGUUGGACACAAAGUGAAGGGCUAUUCUAUAUUUUGCCUUAAAACAUUACACAAGAAAAAUGAUAUGCAAGAGAAGUAUGAAAAUGCCUAUAGUAUGUACCACCUAGAGCAGUGUGUGGAGCUAUAAAUUCUUGCACAAGCAUUUUCAGAACAGUAACAGUGACUUUUUCACCAGUCAUAGCUCUUUGGUUCCAGCCUGAUGAAUAAUCAAUUUUGUACAGAUUCAGCUAAAAUGUAAUUUGCCAUACUUUAGUAAUAUAUCAAUAUAUUGUUGACAACACCAAUACGAACAUGUUCAGCAACUCUAUUUUUUCUUAAGAGCUAAUAUCUUACAAAAUAUUUUAUAAUUUUUAUAUUAUAAGUAUGCAAUAAACUUUAAUUUUCUCAUAUUACUGUAUAUUUUGCUCAGCAUAAUCUGUAAUUUUUUAAUCAAAACCAAAUUUUAGAAAUCUACCUAUUUCCUAUUAAGGGACUUUUUUUUCAAAUGUGAAAGAAUAUUGAAAAUACAGACAUUGUACAAUAACCACUAUAAUUUCUGUUAAAAUAUUUUCAUUUUUUGUACAAUAUCAAAACUGUAUUGUUGUGUUCUGGAUUUCACCUUAUCAUUUUAUUUAUGUGAAAUUACAGCAGAGUAUGAGUCUC